AUGUCGGCGCCGGACCCCAAAAAGACAAAGCCAGCUGGUGGCGCUGUGAAGGCAUGCGUCAAGGCCCUGGCGUCUGGGGCCAACCUGACGGGCGAGGAGGCCAGCCUGGCCAUGCGGGAGAUCAUGGGUGGAGAAGCGAGUCCUGCACAAGUGGGUGCCUUUUUGGCCUUGCUGACGCUGGAAAAGUGUAGCUCGGAGAUUGUCCAUUCACUCGCUGAUGUCAUGCGCUCCAAUGCCCUGACAGUGGAGGUGCCACGUUCAGAUGGCCCUAUCGUCGACAUCGUGGGAACCGGUGGAGAUGGCCAGGACACCUUCAACAUUUCCACUGCAGCUGGGCUGUUGGCAGCCGGAGCUGGGGCCCGGAUCGUGAAGCACGGGAACCGCGCAGCGUCCUCCAAGAGCGGCGCCGCGGACAUUCUUGAGGCGUUGGGCGCUCGACUGGAACUGGGCCCUGCCGAGGUGGCGCCCGUCUUGGCCGCUGGGAGCUUUGCAUUUCUCUUCGCAAGGUCUUACCAUCCGGCCAUGCGCCAUGUGGGUCCCAUCCGCCUGGAGCUGGGCAUUCGAACUGUCUUCAACAUUUUGGGGCCGCUGACCAACCCUGCCAAGCCUGACGGCAUGGUUUGUGGUGUUUAUACUGCCAGUCUGGGACGCCUCUUUGUUGAAGUCUUCAAGCUUCUAGGCAUGCGCCGGGCCCUGGUGGUCCACGGCUGCGAGGGCCUGGAUGAGCUGUCCAUCGCAGGAGCUUCCAAGGUUUGGGAGCUGAAGGAUGGAGGCGAAAUCAAAGAGUACGAGGUGCAGCCCUCAGACUUCGGAGUGUCCAGCCAUCCCCUCACAGAGGUGGCUGGGAACAGCCCUGAGGAGAAUGCGGUUGAGAUGCGAGAGCUUCUGAAGGGUGGGGGGCGCGUGGCAGUUCGCGAGAUGGUCUUGAUGAACGCCAGCGCAGCACUCUAUGUGGCCGGGAAGGCACAGUCCGUCGCUGAGACCCAUGCAAAGCCGUGA